AUGCCCUUUGUUAAUUUCACGGUACAGAGGUUGACUUCUUGAGAGAGCCGACGGGAGCCGACGCGAGCCAGCGGCCCGUCCUCGCCGGCGCCGGGGAGGCAGCGCACAACGGAGGGCCGUCUUGUCUUCCCCAGCGUCAGGGCCGCGGCUGGCGGCGGAGAUCUCGUCCUCGCCCCCCUCAUCAGCGCCGUCGCCGGCGGAGAUCUCCUGUACGUUGCAGUCUACCUCAUACCUCCUCCGGCGAAGGUGAACAUCCUUUGCUAUGAGCCGCCGCGUUGUCCCCGUCGGCAGACGCAUCUUGGAGCAGAACAUCAAGGACCGGUACCGCACAGGACACAUUGGCACCGAGGAUGCACUCCACCUGUUUGACGAAUUGCUCCAGGUUGCUCAGCCCUCCUCGAUUGCUGCCAUCAACUGCCUCCUCACUGUCGUCGGCCGUCAUUGCCCUGCGCUCGGCGUCUCCCUCUUCAACCGUGUUGCAAGAACCAAGGUGCCUCUCCAGAGUGUCACCUAUGGCAUUCUAGUCAACUGCUGUUGCAGCGCUGGCCGCUUGGACCUCGGUUUUGCCGCCAUGGGCAACAUCAUUAAGAUGGGUUUUAUGAAAGAAUCCGUUGUUGCUUUCAGCCACCUACUCAAGGCCAUCUGUGCGGAGAACAAGACCAGCUAUGCAAUGGACAUCGUACUCCGAAUAAUGCCCAUGUUUAACUGUGUACCAACAUUUUCUCCUACAGCAUUCUUUUCAAGGGUCUCUGCAACGAGAAGAGGAGCCAAGAGGCUGUCGAGCUGA